AUGACAGCGCUAAACGCCGGAAAACCCCUCGUGGGCGCGCUGCACUGGGUCAAGCUGCCGCUACUGCCGGUCUCCUGGCCCGCCUGCGUGUACCAGAGCUACUCGGACGCUGUCUCGCACACGCACGACGUGUUGGCGCUGCGCAACGCGAAGCCCGCGCUGGACGCCGAAGACCGCGUGAUCUACUUCUUUGGCGUCGGUCCCCGUGCGUGUCGCGUGGUCGCGGCGGGCGCGGCGCCGCCCCUGCAGCUCUGUGUGGUUCACAAAGACGACCUCAUGCUCGACGACUGGACGCCGUCGGCGGACGACAGCGCGCAAGGGGACCAGUGCCCAGCACCUGUGGGUUAUGCAGCCCGUGCACCGCACAACGCGUGCUUUGUGCGGGCGUGUCAAGAGGCGCAGGUGUAUGCACAGGACGUACGCAACGAUGAAGAAGCGAGAGAGCUCUUUGUAGCGCUGCUGACAAGGACCAACAAGGGCGAGACAAAGGAGGACGAAGCUGUUGGGACGGCUGUCGACGAGAGGAACAAGCAGAAGCUACUGACGCAGCAGACAAAGCACAAGACAAAGAGUGUUGCCGAGCUGCUUGAGCUGCCGACGAUGAAGACGAUCGUGGCCAAGUGCUGGCAGCAGAUGCUCGUGGCAGGAUGGGAGACGAUGGUACAGCAAGACGGACACGUGCUGUAUAAAAUGCCCGGCACGAGUUUCUUUGACGUCGUGCCAAACGUCAAUUUGUUUGACUCACUGGAAAAAGCCUGCGCGAAGUACUUGAGUGAAUGGGUCCGAGCAACGGGUAUAUACGCGAAGGACGACAGUUUCGAGUUGACGGAGUUUCUGUGGCCCAUGGCAGCGGCAAGCGGCUGGGAAAGCAUGUCGACGACCACCGCGACGUUGUAUAAGAAGGCAGACACGCCGUUUGACCAGUGGGUACCGAAUGUGACGAUCUUUCGCACCAAGACUCAAGCAGUGGCAAAGUACUUGGAAGAGUCUGGACUUGUUGAGUCCGAGUGUGACGACCCAGUCGAAACGAUAGAGAAGUCCGUCACAGAGUCCGGUGCUGACGAAUUCGAUGUCGAAAGCGAAGUGCAUCCACUCGAGAACGAGGAGGAGCCGAGUGAUGAAGAUUGUGAUGCCAACGAGGAGUGUGUUGACGCAAACGGGAAAAAGAACCACCGAGAGCUGGACGAUGGCUUCUCCGUGACAAAAGCAGUGCGUAAAAAGUGUGUGCCGAAGUCGAAGAAAGGUGCGAGAAGGGGGCAGCCUUCAACGGCAGUCGCAAAGACGACAGGUAAGCAAGUCAAAGCCGUCAAAAGCGCACCGAAGGACAAAAACCCGACCAAAUCGAUCCCUUCCUUCGAGAUGUCCUUUGGUAAGCUGGAGAAGGAGCUGAAGAACCGCGGAUGGUACUGGAAAGCUGGAAGUCUGCAGUGGUUGUACUAUCAACCCCACUGUAAGACGACAGACAAGAGUUGUCUCGAGCCCAACAAGGACUUUUUUCGUGGUCGCGAGGAGCUAGAAGCGUAUGCUUAUAGUAGCGGACUUUAUGACCGUGUUCGCACGAAGCUCGAAGAAGAUCAUUAUGAGCAAUACGUACUUGACAGUGAAGAGGGUAUCGGCGGUGACGGCAACACGCUAGAUCACACGCAGUCUGUGAAAGCUUUGGUCCAUCCACGACUGGCUAAACCCAAGCCGCAGCCGAAGAAGACUCUAGCGCGACGCGACGUUGGCUAUGCUAAAUCGUCAAGCCAGUUCCGAGGUAGUCGCUCGAAGUCAACAGCGAGGGGAAUGACAACUCAGACAACUCUUGCCGAGGUCAAGUUCGGCGAGAUCUGGCGAGUCUUGUCCGAAGAUGGCUGGCAUUACUUACCGGGCAAAAUUGAGUACGACUACUUCAAACCUCACUGUGCCACCAUAAGGGACGGCACAGCGGGAGUCGACUUCUUCCAGAGCAAAGACCUACUGGUGGAGUACUUGCAAACUAGCGGACUUUGGGACAAAACGGCAGUGCGUGUUCGAGCUGAAGCAGCCAUGGACUCGAGCGACGAAGACCUGAUCGAUAGCGAUGACGAGGCGACAACUCCUAUGCAAAAGCGCAAGCGCGAAGCAAGCACGCCUGCUGUUCGGCAAGAAGGCAAGAGACACAAGAAUGCUUCAUUGUUUUGUACUCCAAUUGACGGCAGGCGAGCGGCUGUCAUUGAUGCUACUGUUGACGAUGACAAAGAGAUUGACAAGACCAUCUCCCCUGACGCUGCGGGAUUGAAAGGCAAAGAUGGCCAGAAGGAUGUACACGGGCGCCAGCCAUUACGAAAUCUCUCGAACAGCUUCACGCCUACGUCAGAUGUAGCAACGAAGAAAACGCGUUUGAUAAGCGCUAGCAAAAAGGCCGCGACGGAACCUGCGAAAAGCGUCGGUCCUCAAGAUAUGACGUUAAGCGCAGUUCAGAAGCUAACAUCAGCGUACAUCCCAACAAACUUUCGGUACCGUGAGAAGGAGUUCGGUGAAAUCUGCGAGUUCUUCCGAAGCAGCUUUGACGGAAAAGAUCACACCAGUCUAUACAUUUCUGGAGCACCCGGAUGCGGCAAGACUGCUUUGCUGAAGUCGGUUCAGUCGGAUAUCAAUGAUCUUUACUGGGAAUGCUGUCCUGAGCAAGCGAACACGAAGCCUGUCUGGUGCCACGUCAACGCAAUGACACUUGUCAACUCGUCCGCACUGUUUUGUAAGCUCGCGGAAGCUCUGACGAAGAAAUCGUUUUCACACGGAAGUCAGGCUUUUGAGGCCAUCGAGCGCGCCACGACUCGCAGACUAAAGACGUCCAAAACGAUGAUCCUGAUCCUGGACGAGAUCGACACGCUCCUGAACAACAACGGAAUCGAACUCGAUCUGUGCCGGCUGUUCGAGCUCGCCCACCGGACUUCACACAGCUUCAUCCUCGUUGGAAUUGCCAACCAGGUCGACUUCACAGAGCGACACCUACCGAUGCUGAAGCAACGGCUGCCAGACUGCUCCCCGCGAGUCGUCGUCUUUGAGCCGUACAAACACCAGGUCAUCGAGCAGAUCCUCGUCGAUCGUCUUGGCGGACAAACGGCGGCUUCCAAGCUCGUAAGUUCUCACGGUAUCUCUUUCUUGGCUCGCAAGAUCGCAUCAACGACCGGCGAUAUAAGACUAGCCGUCGACACCUGCCGUCGCGUCCUGCAACACAAGCUAGACGAAGGGGGCAAGGAAAACUCGGACAAAUCGUCGGGCGACAAUGAGCAUGGACGGCCACUGCCGCUCACGGACAUGCUGCGUAUUAUCAAGCACGCUCUCGAGUCCAAGAGUACCUCGGCGAUUCGGUCGCUACCACGCAACUUGCAGAUGAUUCUGUUUGCGUCGACUCGACUGCUCAUUGUGACAGCUAAUCGGGCCGCUGCGGAAGGGAGCGAGGCGACACCACUGUUUGGUGUGAAUGAGUUGUACGCGUGCUACUGUGAAGUGAGCAAGGACGCUGGAGUGUUCAAGCCGUUAGCCGAGCGCGACUUCCGGACGGCGCUGGAUACGUUGGGCAAAGAGGGUCUCAUAGCAGAAGCAGAGCUCCGGAAACACCUGAUCAAGCUGCUGUUCAGUACCAGCGAGCUGCUGCAGAGCUUCCGCCAGGACGCGUUCUUCUCGCGGCUCGUGUAA